CCCCGUCAACCACGGUGAUUUUAUGAGUCCUGUGGGAAUGGAGCACAGGUGACAUUUUGGAAUCUGCGCAUUUAUAAAAAGGGUGGUAGAUUGACUCGCCGGACAACGGCAAACGGGAGCUUCAGCCGUGUCGGUAACUAGCAACUCUUGUUUGCCGGCUGCUCGCUGCGCAGGUAGCAGAGAACCCCCUCUCUUUCUGCCUUCUCAUACACAACAAGGGCAGAGAAACCAACCCCUACAUACACGUACGGUGCAUCAUGGCGUGGUCACUGACUACAGGCUAUAAGAAGAAAUUGCUGCUGGUUGUGGCUGUCAUGCUGAUCCUGCAGCACGGUGCUGCAACUGAUGGUGCUGGGGCUGGGAACAGCGGCAUAGAGAAGCCCGGCUGCCCAGACAAGUGUGGAAGCGUCAGCAUCCCCUACCCGUUCGGCAUCGGGCAGGGCUGCUUUCUGAACAAAGCCUUUAACGUCACAUGCGACAGGGACCAAGCUUAUCGGUCCAUCUUCAAGGUAUUGGAAAUCAAUGUGCUCCAUGGUGAGGCACGCGUUCACGCUAAUUGGACUCCAUCAUGGAGCUGCAACUACGCGAACGGUACCACAGAUAUGUGGGAUGUGUUGGUAUCACUUGGGAAUUCUUUGAGGUUUUCCUCUAAGAACAAAUUUACAGCAAUCGGGUGUGCAACUAUCGCAAUUAUGGUGGGUUAUACUGUGGAUGAAGGAAGCAUCAUGGGCAACAAUGACUCGCAACUUUACAGCAGCACAUGUGCAUCAUUAUGUGAUAGCGACAAUAGAAUCAGUAAGAGUGCCAAGUGCAAUGGCAUAGGUUGUUGUCAGGCUUCCAUUCCAGAAAAUUUGAUGAUCUAUCAGUUUGCAUUUGCAAAUGCUUCGGUGGAUACAUAUAAUUUACGUCCCUACCACGAUUCCAGAAAUUUCAGCCCUUGCAGCUAUGCAUUCAUCGCCGAGGAGGCCUCAUUCAAAUUUGAUCCUUCAUAUGCCAAAUCAUCAAAUUUUCUAGAACGUUACAAAGACGACCCAGUCCCAUUGGUUCUUGACUGGGUGGUUCGUAAUGAAACAUGUGUGGAAGCCUUGAAGAACAAAACAUCGUAUGCAUGUCGCGGGAUCAAUAGCGUAUGCAUCAACAGGCCCAAUGGGUACCUCUGCAACUGCUCUCAAGGCUAUGAGGGCAAUCCCUAUCUAGACGAAGGCUGCCAGCAAGACAUCGAUGAGUGUCGUUUUCCAUCCCUGUAUCCUUGCCUCGGUGAAUGUAAGAACAACAAUGGAAGCUACACAUGUUCAUGCAAACCAGGAACUCGGAGUGACGAUCCCAAGAGCCUACCCUGCAAAACUGAUCAUAGCCCCAACAAGAUGGUCAUAGGUAUUUCCAUCGGCUUCGUCUUCCUCAUCGUCUGUAUCUCUGCUCUACUGAUCAAGUGUCAAAAAAGGCAGCUAGCAAAAGAGAAGAAAAUAUUCUUCAAACAAAAUGGUGGUCAUAUAUUAUACAAACAAAUCCUCUCUAAACAAAUUGACACAGUGAUAAUAUUCACAAUAGAAGAUUUGAAGAAGGCGACAAACAAUUUUGACAAGAGUAGAGAAUUAGGCAUAGGGGGCCAUGGCACUGUCUACAAGGGCAUUCUGGGGGAUAACAAGGUAGUGGCUGUGAAGCGCUCGAAGAUUAUGAAUGUGACCCAAACUGAAGAAUUCGUUCAAGAGAUUAUUAUACUCUCACAGAUCAAUCAUAGGAAUGUGGUCAGGCUUAUAGGCUGCUGCUUGGAAGUGGAAGUGCCCAUAUUAGUGUAUGAAUUCAUCCCAAAUGGCACUCUCUUUCAGUUGAUCCAUGGUAAUCAUGGUAGAUCACCUAUUUCAUUAGAUGUUCGUCUCAGGAUUGCCCAAGAAUCUGCUGAAGCACUGGAGUAUCUGCAUCUCUCCAUCAAUCGCCCCAUAGUCCAUGGAGAUGUGAAGUCUCUAAACAUUCUCCUAGAUGAAAACUACAAGGCGAAGGUGACCGACUUCGGGGCGUCAAAGAUUCUUCCUAACGAUGCAGUUCAGCUCAUGACAAUGGUGCAAGGAACUCUAGGUUACCUAGACCCUGAGUACUUGCAAGAGCGGAAACUGACGGAGAAGAGUGAUGUUUAUAGCUUUGGAGUUGUGCUUCUAGAGCUAAUCACAAGGAAGACAGCAAUAUACUUUGAGGGCUCUAAGGAAGGAAAAAACCUCGCAUCAUCCUUCUUGCAAGCGAUGAAAGAUAAUACAGUUGAAGGUUUGUUAGACACUAGCAUAAUUGGUGUGGGAAUGGAGAAACUGCUCCAAGAAGUUGCUCAGCUGGCUAGCUUGUGCUUGAGUUUCAAAGGGGAGGAGAGGCCUUCCAUGAACCAAGUGGCUGACAAGCUGAAAGUUAUACGAAGUACAUGGAGAGAGAUAUUGUUGUUGAAGCAUGAAGAAACUGUACGCCUAGCUGAAAGGUUGGAGAUGACUUCGAUUUGUGACCUGCCGCCUAGCAUGUACUGGACAGCAAGAAUGAUGGGGAUGGAUAUCGAAACACCACAUACAGAUCAUACCGGUACUACCAACAUGGGAUAGGGAUAUUAGAUUAUGGAUCUCGAGUUUUCAGUAUGGGUGGUACCAUGUACUAGUACUACUACAUAUAGUUGUCGUAGUAUAGUUGCCAAACAAAUCACACUUGAUCACACCUAGUCUUGGCAUGUAUGUGUCAUGCAAUCACAUUAUUGUAGUGGUAUGGUGUAAAGUUUAUGCGAUAACUUUUCUCUCUACUGAUGUUGAGAUAUUUAUGUGUUUUUACUUAUUAAAUCAAGGGUUUGAAAAGUCCA